AUGGGUGAAAUUCGAUCUUCCACAUACGCUCCGUCUUCUAAUUUUAAUAGUGUCAAAACUUAUUGGCCAACCCAAGUCAGAAAGAUUCAGACGCUUGAUUUUGGCGGCACAAAAGAACAAGUACACGAAAGAUCUGAUUGGCCAAAGGAAAAAUAUCAAGAACUAUUCAAAAACGAUACCAUUGCCAUUAUUGGAUAUGGAUCACAAGGGAGUGGGCAAAGUUUAAACGCCAAAGACAAUGGGCUAAACGUAAUUGUCGGUCUGAGAGAAGGAGGCAAAAGUUGGGAACAGGCAAAGAAAGAUGGUUGGGUACCGGGAAAGAAUCUCUUCUCGAUUAAUGACGCUCUUUCGAGAGGAACAAUUAUUGGUAACCUUCUCUCUGACGCAGCUCAAAAAGAGCUUUGGCCACAAUUCGUUCCACAUUUAAAAAAAGGAAAAACAUUGUACUUUUCCCACGGAUUUUCGAUUGUCUAUAAAGAUCAAACCCAUGUCGUUCCACCAUCAGACGUUGACGACGUAUCUGGAAAGGCAAAGGACAAAGCCGUGGCUCUCGGCGUUUCCAUCGGAUCUGGGUACCUCUACGAGACCACUUUUCAAAAAGAAGUUUUCUCGGAUCUUGUAGGUGAACGAGGAGUACUCAUGGGCGCGAUCCAAGGUUUAUUCCUCGCUCAGUACGAGGUGUUACGAGCUCAUGGACAUACACCUUCCGAAGCAUUUAAUGAAACUGUCGAAGAGGCCACACAGUCUCUAUAUCCUUUAAUCGGACAAAAUGGCAUGGACUGGAUGUAUGCUGCGUGCUCGACAACGGCGCGACGAGGUGCUCUUGACUGGUACAAACCUUUCCACGACGCUACCAAACCCGUCUUCGAAAAAUUGUAUGCAUCAGUCGCCGAUGGAACUGAAACGCGCCGUACGCUGGAGAAGAACUCUUCUCCCACUUAUCGAGAGGAUUUAGAAAAGGAAUUAAAGGAAAUCAGGGAAAGUGAAAUGUGGAGAGCUGGCAAGACUGUACGAAGGCUUCGUCCUGAAUGGAAAGACGAUUAG